CUAAUCCAUCUAUCUAUCCAUCCAUCGUGAAACAUAUUAAUGAUCCUUUCUUUAAUGUUCGGUCGGUUUUCGUGCUCUUGUUCUGGUCUGGCCUGGCCCUCGGUGAUGGUCCCUUGGUAGCGAGCCCAAGAUGCGUGCGGCACUUCUAGCAACCGUUUCGGCCUCGCGCUCCAAGAAUCUCGAAAACAACAAUCUCAACAACCUCAAUGACUCCAAUGUCGCCACCCCAACUCGACGACCGCCAACACGACCACCCGCUCGCUCGCCUCUGCAAUCCAGAGACGGCAAUGCCAUGAUGAGAGUGCCUCCGAAGGCACCUCUAGCAUCCAAACCCGGGAACGCCAAUUCGAAGAUGCCCUUCGAUAAGCAGCAGAGACCCAUCAUGCCCACCCUCUCUGCCUCCGCGAAAACCUCCAAUCGAGCACCUUUGACACCUAGAGUAGCGGGCGCAACUCCUUCGUCUGCGACGACGACACCGCUUUCUCGACGUACCAUACGUCCUGACAAUAACACACCGAUCACUGCGUCCAGGGAGGAUAUAUAUCUGAGCAACAAUAUCACGCCAAGAUCAGGGUCACGGAAAUCUCGUGUCGAUUCUCCAAACAAUGGAACAGCACUUGACUACGCAUCUCCAAAUGAGCCUCGAGUCGCUCAAUCGGGCCCGGUUUACAAUGGCGCAUUGAAUGUAAAUGGGAUUGAUAAAGAUAUACCAAAACGACCAACCGUGUCAUUCAGUCCUGCUCUAUCUGAAGUCGGGACUUCAAGGGUCCAGAGCCAGAAUGCUCCGCCGGAAUCGAAGUUCUUCUUUGCAAGUGACGCAAAGACAGUCACACAACCAUCCAGACCACCCCUCCAAUCGAAAGCUUCCAGUUCGACUUUUUUGUAUGCUAACGGAGAAGUCGCGCCUCUUACUCAAGCCUCGACUACACCUGCUGGAUCUGUAGUAGGCGAGGAAAGGGCACAACCUAAGUUCUUUCAUGCGAAUGGCACACCAGACCUUCCACCAGCCAACUAUCCACCCAGACCAAGUUCCGUUCUUUCCUCGUCCUCUCGAGCAUCGCCUAGAGUUGGUACAGCAAGUCCUGGACCUAUAUCACCUCUACAACGACCAGCUUCUCCUUCCAAGUUGAAUCAAUAUGCCUCGAUAUCAUCCUUACGUUCCACCCCAUCGUUACCAUCACCCGUUUUGCCACGUCCACAACCGACUGGACGAGGGCAAUCUGCGAAUAGUAUUGUAGCGAAUCGAAGGACAAGUUUUGAGGGCCAGAGGAUGACAAGUCAUGGAAGAUCUUCGAGUCUUGGAUCGACAGAUGUGAAAGUACUGCCGGCGAGGAAAAUCUCAGGCGGUAGUCAAGUUGAGCUUUCUGCACCGAAUUCGCCACCGAACCAGAUUUUGAAGGGACUUCCAGUAUCUACACCCGAAGAAGUUACGCAGGAGGAAGACAACGACGAUACCAAUUCAGGUCUAAGAAGUCCAAUCAAGACUGGCAAGACUUUGGAGGAAUUGAAUGAAUUGGCUGCGAAUGCCCGGCGAGAAAGGAAGGUUCUGGACUUAGAGAUCACAAAUUCGUCACUGGAAGCUAUAAACAGGACGUUGGAGCGAGAAAUGAGGAAACAAACCGCCGAGCUGAGACGGUAUAGGAGGUUGAGUCGAUCAGGACGACUGUCAAUCAAUACAGUAGCAUCAUCACGAAUAUCGACCGAUACCCUAUCGAUCAUGGACGGUGAAGCAGGUACUAUGCUCUCUGACAUGAGCGAAGAAGAGGACGAGGACCCGGAGGACGAAUCAGAAUUUUCAGAGGAAGAAUUCUCAGACGAAGCAUCACUUAGUCCCAGUGCCAUGGCCGAAAGCGAUGCCCGCCACCGGAAACGAGACGAGAAACGCCUCCAAUUGGAUCUUUCAAAACAUCAACAACUUUUAAUCGACAGUCAGAAAAUGAAUCAGUCUCUCAAACGCUGUCUAGGCUGGACCGAAGUCCUCAUAAACGAAGGCAAGAAAGCCCUCGAGUACCAUGUCAAAGUCAGCGAUGUGGAACUCGGCGGACGUGUUCUAGCACUCGACGAAAUAGAGGAAAGACAACGUGAACAAGAGAAUGAAGGCAUGAGUGAAAUCGGAGCACAAAUGCUCCGAGAAGCUCGAGAGAGACAAGCAGCCGUAGCGAAGCAAAUCAACGACGAUUUAAAUGCGGCUGCUGCUUGGGGCGGAGAAGGAAGAGAUGAUAGAGAUAGUGGGAUUGAACUCGAUACUUCACAACGGGAGCAGUAUGCCGAGUUGCAGUAAUCGUAAUCGAAAACGACACCACAACAACAAAACACCACUCCACAGAACGAUACCACAUUUUCCUAUGUCCGGGCAUAUUUCGGCGGGGCGUUUUUAGGAGGGAUACUUUCUUCGCAUUCGUGGCGUUUGGUGCAUGGAGAUUACAUCUAUUCGUUCUUUGCGAUUCUCACCACUCGACCUCGGUCGUUCGCUUUUUCUUUGUUUGUUGGGAAUAGGAAGGAGGGAAUCAAAGGGAAACAAGAAGAGCAAAUUUCGUACUGUACUAUUAACGAUACCCCCUUGUGAAAAGCGAGGAUUAUUAGUGAGAAAGAAGAAAGGAAGGAAGGAAAUUGGUACUAGGGCCUACACAGGCAGAAGAAGCGAGAGAAAGAAAGGGGAGAGAGAUGAUUUGGAUAGUGAUAGUGAUAGUGAUAGCGAGAAUCGAGAAGAUUAAGACAUG